AUAUCUGACAAAUAAUUAUCAAAGACAUUCGUAAGCUAUCAUGCUAGGUGUGAAGGUGGUAGUGGAGUGUUGCGGGUUUCAUAAAUAAAGAACAUUUUGAGAAAACAUUAAAAUUCAUGUUAUAUGUAAUUCAAAUCAAAUUAAAUUAAAUUUAAAAGUACAAAGAUAUAUAUGUCAGUUAUGGUGAAUGUGAUAUGUUGAAAUUAUUUUCUUUUGUUUGUCAAAAUUUGUACAGAACUGACGCCGCAAAUAUCACCAUUCCUAGAAACUAACUGUUAACUGUUAAUUUUUUUUAAAGUGAAUUAAUCAUGUUUGUGCGCGAUCCGUGCGGCAUUGUAUGCCUUAUUAUUACCUACGGUGCGGUUUUCUAUGCGGACUAUGUUGUAAUGCGAUGGAUUAUUAUGCAGACAAUGCAGGCCAGUAUAUGGGCGCCAUUGCAUGUUGUGCUAUUCAACACAGUCGUUUUCCUGUUGAGUAUGUCACACCUCAAGGCAGUUCUUUCGGACCCUGGCACAGUACCAUUGCCUGCAAAUCGCUUAGACUUCUCGGACCUGCAUACUACUGGUAAAAAUAAUGGUGCAAAUGGACAUAAUGAAUGGACUGUAUGCACACGUUGUGAAACCUAUAGACCACCACGUGCGCAUCAUUGCAGGAUUUGCAAAAGGUGCAUACGACGCAUGGAUCAUCAUUGUCCAUGGAUAAAUAAUUGUGUGGGUGAGCGCAACCAGAAAUUCUUUCUGCAAUUUCUAGUUUAUGUUGGUCUCUUAUCAUUGUACUCGGCGGCGCUCGUUGUCGGGUCCUGGAUAUAUCCUUGUGAGGAAUGUAACGCAAAUGUGAUUGAAUCCCAAACAAGAAUGCUACACAGCGUUGUACUACUUUUAGAGUCGGCGCUAUUUGGUUUGUUCGUUCUAGCAAUUAUGGUUGAUCAAAUGCAUGCCAUAUUAUAUGACGAAACUGCGGUUGAGGCAGUACAACAAAAAGGACCAUAUCGUUCUAAUCGACGUAAAUUUCUUCUGCUGGCGGAUGUUUUCGGUCGAGGUCAUCCGAUAUGUUGGCUGCUACCAUGUACCAGUUUCAAUACAUCAGCACGUUAUCACGACACGCCACUGCUUAGUUACGAUGUUUAAGCCGAUCGAGUGUAUAAACCAAGUCAGGUGACUCUUUAAAUAUGUAUAUAUAUAUCAAUAUAUGUAUAUAUAUAUCUAUACAUAUGUAUUAAAAUAAUUAACAAAUUACAAGUAUAAGUACAGUAUCA